CAGAGGAUAUAUAUAUUCAGUAUUUCACCAUUUGAAACAGACAGGCAUACAGGCUCCCUCUUUUCACUUCCCCAAGGAACACAGGAGUUUCAGAUCACAUUAAGGCCACUAUGAGUUCACUCAGUGAUGCAAACAUGAAGUUCACCCUUGAUCUGUUUCAACAGUUAAGAAAAUCAGAGGACAAUGUCUUCUACUCCCCUUUCAGUAUCUCAGUGGCAUUAGCAAUGGUUUCCUUAGGGGCUAGAGGAAGCACUGCAGAAGAAAUAGAGAAGGUCCUUCACCUUAAUGAAAUCACCAUGAAGUCAACAAAAAAAACUAAAACUGAUCAAGUUGCAGAACCAGGAAGUGUGCAUCACCAAUUUCAUAAGCUUCUGACUGAAUUGAAUAAGCCAAAGCAUGUAUAUGAACUGGCCAGUGCCAACAAAGCCUACAAAGAUAAGAGUUUCCAGUUUCUUCAGGAAUAUGUGGAUAACAUUAAGAAAUUUUACCUAGCUGAUGUGGAAUCUGUUGAUUUUCAAACUGACGCAGAAGGGAGUCGGAAGAAGAUUAACACCUGGGUGGAAAAAGAAACACAUGAAAAGAUCAAAGACUUGUUUCCUAGUGAGUCUCUUAAAAGUGAUACCAAACUGGUUCUGGUAAAUGCAAUCUAUUUCAAAGGACAAUGGGAUCUGAAAUUCAAGGAAGAAGACACUGUGGAAGGAAAAUUUUGGCUGAGCAAGGAUACGAGCAAAUCUGUGAAGAUGAUGAAACAAACCAAUCAUCUAAAAUUUGCCUCCUUGGAAGCUGUGCAGGCUAAGAUCCUUGAAAUACCUUACAAAGGCAAAGCUCUGAGCAUGGUUGUGCUGCUUCCAGAUGAAGUAGAUGGCCUGCAGAAGCUUGAAGAUAAACUUACCAGUGAGGAAUUAGUGGAAUGGACAAGCCAAAUGAACACGACAGAGGUGCAUCUGCACUUGCCUAGGUUCAAAGUGGAAGAGAGCUACAACCUCAAAACCAUCUUGAAAGACAUGGGAAUGGUAAAAGCCUUCUCUUCAAAGGAUGCUGACUUCUCAGGCAUGACCAGCGGCAGGGGUUUAGCUAUAUCCAAGGUGAAGCACAAGUCAUUUGUGGAGGUUAAUGAAGAAGGCACAGAAGCUGCAGCUGCUACUAGUGUUUCAGUGAGUCUAUCUUCCCCGGGAAGAUCUAACGAAUUCUGCUGUGAUCAUCCUUUCUUAUUUUUCAUCAAGGAAAAUGAAAAUAAUAUCCUCUUCUUUGGAAGAGUCUCUUCCCCUUAAACACCAUUACUCUGUGUCUCUUUGGGGGAGAAGUUCAGAGUUGUUUCAAUAAAUUGAUGCUUGCAAAGAAA